AUGUAUUUCUUCCUCUGCAACCUGUCCUUUGUUGAACUCUGUUUAACCUCUGCCACCAUCCCCAAGAUGCUGGUGAACAUCCAGGCACAGAGAAAAGACAUCUCCUACAGAGGUUGCCUUACUCAAGUGUAUUUUUUAAUGAUUUUUGCAGGGAUGGAUAAUUUUCUUCUGACCUUGAUGGCCUACGACCGCUUUGUGGCCAUCUGCCAGCCCCUGAACUACACUGUCAUCAUGAACCCCCAACUCUGUGUCCUCCUGGUGCUGCUGUCUUGGCUCAUCAUGUUGUGGGUGUCCUUGUUUCACAUUCUACUCGUGAAGCAACUGACCUUCUCCACAGGCAUGAUGGUUCCUCAUUUCUUCUGUGAACUCUCUCAGCUUCUCAAAGCAACCAGCUCCAACACCCUCAUCAAUAUAAUCUUACUGUAUGUGGUGACCGCCCUGCUGGGUGUGUUUCCCAUCACUGGGAUCCUCUACUCCUACUUUCAGAUUGUCUCCUCCUUAAUGAGGAUGUCCUCCUCUGUGGGCAAGUCUAAAGCCUUCUCCACCUGUGGGUCUCACCUCUGUGUGGUCUCCUUGUUCUAUGGGACAGGCCUUGGGGUUCACCUUAGUUCUGCCAGGACCCAUUCUUCUCAGGGGAACAUGAUCGCCUGA